GGACAAACAAGCAUCAAUUGUGUAUUCCGCGUAAGAGCACGACGCAUUUGCUCUGAAUCUCUGUUAUUUACUGCCUGGUUGACGCCUUAUUUCAAGCAUUAUGACGACCCAUAUCCCAAGAGCUUUUUACUCACAGGAGGAACUCGACAGGUUGUAUCCCAAAGAGUUGGAACUGCAGCUUGUUCAGAUUCUUCUGCGCCAUGGUGAACGAACUCCUGUGUCACCGCGAUUCCAGAAUACCGGUCUGCAGCCAUACUGGCCAUACUGCAAUGCCGCACGCCAAUUGUCAAGUGUUAUCAUGAGCACGAAGGACUUCACACAAUGGGAUCAGCUGAAGUACCGCCGCAGAAUCGAGACCUUUGGCGUCGAUGAUGGACCCGUGAUCGCAUCAGGGCCGGCCAACGAGUUUGAUGCGGUCUGCCAACCAGGCGAACUCACCGACAAAGGUCGCCAGACCACCGUGGCUUUGGGCGAGCGCCUUCGUCACCUCUACGUUGAUCAGCUUCAGUUCAUGCCAAAGCUCAUUGCAGACAGCGAUAUGAUCUACCUGCGAGCUACACCUAUCCCAAGAGCUCUCGAGUCCGUCCAGCAAGCUUUUUGGGGCUUCUACCCGCCCUCUGCAAGAACGGCUGACUUUCCUCCUCCCACUAUCAUUACCAGAUCACCCGCUGAUGAGACGCUAUUUCCCAAUGAUGCCAGUUGCAGACGAUUUGGCCAGCUCAGCCGAGCCUUUGCCCAGCGAACAGCUGAGAUCUGGAACGAUACCGAGGACAUGCAGUACCUCUCCAAGCUCAUCUCAAAAUACAUGCCAGACGAGGCCAAAGUAGCUGUUGAUUCUCAUCCAAGGCUUUCAGGUAUCAUGGACACAAUCAACGCCACGGAUGCUCACGGCACAGCGACUAGGCUACCGAAAGACUUCUACGACCCCAAAGCGCGCGCAAUCAUCGACAAGAUCGCUGUAGAGGAGUGGUUCAAAGGCUACACUGAGUCAGCUGAAUACCGUAUGCUUGGAAUUGGUGCUCUCCUAGGCGAUAUCGCCUCCCGCAUGACCGGUAGCGUCGAGAAGAAUGGACGUGAUGGACUGCUUGAGGUAGGCGGCAGCUCUGGCGCACUGGGUCACGGUCGCGGCGGCGAGAUAAAAACCAAGUUGGCUCUCUCAGGCUGUCACGACACUACUCUUGCGGCAGCUCUUACGUCUCUCGGUGCAUUCGACAAUGAGAAGUGGCCGCCCUUCACAAGCCAUAUCGCCUUCGAGCUCUUCAAAGCUCAGAACACUGCCACACCGUCGAGAUCAACAACGCCGACACUCAGCCAGUCCGCCCCUCCUAAAGCACAGAGCUGGUGGUCGUCCCUCUUCGGCCGCACAAACCCCACAACUCUCUAUGACGCUCCUCAACCCGGCGGUAUCGCUCGCAAGCCCUUCUCCGAACUCUCCCCUGCUCAGCGUGAGGAGCUUCAAGGCUACUACGUUCGUGUGCGGUACAAUGACAAGAUUGUGCAAAUACCGGCUUGCAAAGCGGACGGCAAGCACCUCGACGGUGACACAACGUUCUGCACUCUAGAGACAUUCAAAGGUGUGGUGGAUAAGAUCACGCCAAAGAAUUGGAAAGUGGCGUGUAGCUCGAAUUUGGGCGCUCCUGCAUUCCCUGAGAAGGUUGAGGUUGCCGGAUACGAGUAGCUGUUUGUACUGGUGCGUAUCCCAAAAGACUGCUGCGACACCUGUAAAAUAGACUAAGUUUGAAUUGCAAACCCACGUUUCC